AUGGGCAGACCGAAAAAGCAUGAUAGCACUGCUAGUAGUCGACAGCGAUCUAGUGAUAGUAGCAGUUAUGAGAGGCGAUCGCGAAGUAGAAGUCGGGAUCGAUAUAUGAGGAGUAGGAGUAGAGAUCGACGCAGGAGCAGGAGUAGAGGUCGACGUAAUAGCAAGAGCAGGAGUAGAGGUCGACGUAAUAGCAGAAGCGUAAGUCGAGGUCGGCGUUAUAGCAGAAGCAAAAGUCAGGAACGACGUUAUAGCAGGAGUAGAAGUGCAGAUCGACGUAGUAACAGAAGUCGAAGUCAUGGAAGGCGCCGAAGCAGAAGCGGUGGCAGGCGGCGUAGUCGAGAAAGGAGCCAAAGCUAUCUUUGGCGUAGUCGAGAUCGGAGUAAGAGUAGAAGCAAUGAAAAAACUGGGAGGGACAAGCAUGAUAAACGGAGCACGAGACAUGGGCAUUCGAAACAACGGAGCAGAACUAACCGGGCGAUAGAAGUGAUGAAAUCGCGAAUGCGUUCGACUCUUGAAUCUGUGCAGACGAAAAUGGGUGAUGUCGUUGAAGCAAGAGAGGUAUUAAAUGAAUCACAUUCAACUAUGGAUCUCACAGUUACAGAGACAGUAGCACGACAUCGUGAUAUUGAACGUAUCGAAGAGGAAGGCUUUCAUCAGUCCACAUUCGUUUCUUCUUCUGGAGGAGCUGGUGGAAGAGUUAGGAAAGAGGAUGUAACGGAUCGUACAGCGAUAAUAACGAAGAAAGAAGACGAGCAUGAUAAAGCAAUGUUUGGGCCAAAAUGGCGAGAUGCCGAGAAAAGAUAUAGUGACGAGAAAAAAGAGGCCAUCGCAGAUGUUGAAGUUGAUAAGGAAAUACCUCUUGCUAAUGCACGGUUUUCGGAAGAUCAUGCUAUACGUGAAGAACGCUGGUUGAAGAUAUAUCGCGAAAGACGGUUGAAAUUGUUGGGUUUAUGA